AGUCCAGACCUGCAAGAUAGACGCAGAUUUGCCUCCCUCAGAGAGCCUGGCAGCACUCCCAUCCUCCCGCGGAUUCGAGAGCAAACAAGGAACUGAACCCGCCGCCCUCAGUCAGGCCUUGGGCUAGCGCGGAAGGUGGCAGCGCCACGGCACCGCGACGAGCACGGUGAACGCCGCGUCAUUUCCCGCAAGGUGAGAGCAUCGCACCUCCAAUGCCCAGCCGGGGAGCGGAUGGGAGAGCGGCUGAGUGCGGUACCGCCUUCCCCCGUGCCCCCCUUCUUUCCCCCGGCUCCCGUUUGCCAGUCGCGCCCCCGUUCCCAGCGCGCAGCCGCACUGCUUGAAAACAGUUUGUUGCUCACGUCGGAGAAGCCGCUUCCGUUUCCAACGCCGCAUUCCGGCCACACCUGCCUCUGAAGCAGACCCGUCUCGCUCCGCCGCCCUGCUCGGACGAGGAGGAACUCGCGUUCCGCUGCCCCGGUGCGCCAUGUCCGAAGAGGAUUAUAUCUCGGUGAAUGUUGAGGAUGAUGUUGAAGCACUGAUUAUUGACCAUGGAGAAAAUGGACUAGGCACACAAAACUGCAUAUCAAUGGAACAAAACAAUGAAGUAAGCAAUGUUGUCCCCCACAUGGCUCAACUUGCCUAUGGAGGCAAAGGCUUAUCAGUGCUGACUGACCCAGUGGCAUCACAAAUGAGCCAUUCUGCGAGUAUGCAGAGAGGAAAUGGUCACAGCCCUGAAAAAAUGGAUUUUGUGUUUUCACAUAAUAAAAGAAAACGACUUGCCCCUACUCUAGUGGGACAGACUGUGAUAAGAACCAGGGAAGGAGAAUAUGAAGAUAGUGAUGAUGUCAUUUAUGAGUAUGAACCAGACUAUGAAUGUGGGAGUAUUGUAUCUGAAGCUUCCUACACUGAAGCUUCCUACAGCGGACAUCAGCAGAAAACUCUUAUGGAGGUCCUCAGCUAUUGCCAGGCCAUGUAUGAUGCAAUUCAGAAAUUGGAUAAAAAAUUUGACCUGCUCCAUCGUAAGGUCUCCGAAAUGCAGCGUACACGUCUAAAGCCCCUGUUUCUCAGACCUAAGCCAGUUGGAUUUACAUACAGAAGUUCCAGUCACCUGCCCCAAGGAAAAAUAAGAGUACAAAAACCCAUGGAAAGAGAAUCAAAUCUUCUUUCUUCAUCAGGCCCAGAAAGGCACAGCCCGGUCAUAAGGGUUGCUUUACAGAAUGGCCAUGCUCAGCUCAAUUCCACAAUGAAACAUGUCCCACAGAGUCUUCCUUUUGAAUCGCAGCAGCCUGUUCAUAGGCAGAGCCCACCACUCCCCACUAUAGUUUCUACACAUUCAUUACAUUCAUCCUAUAGAACAACUAACGGGAUGCCUGACCUUUCUCCACAAUCAAAUCUUGUAGCCAGCGUUGUGGAAAGUACUGUCAAUGUUGCAUCUUCACCAGUGGCAUCAUCAUCAUUGAUGCCAGCACCAUCUGAGACCAGCUUGGGAAGUAAUGCUCUAGUGGUGAACUACCAAAAUCCAUCAGUGAGUGUGAAUAUUAGUAAAGAACUACCAUCUUCAGUCUCCAUCAAUCCUAGCUUUGAGUUUGUUGGUGACCCAGUGAGAAAUGUAAAAGUUCUUGGAAACUAUUUGAUGAAAGCUCGGCAAAAGACAAAGCCAAAGUACGCAGCGCGCUACUUGGUGCGUGUGCUGUUCCCCAAGGAAACGCUCCUGUGCAGCAUCAUGGGCGUCAGCGCACGAGGGCGCAGGAUACUGGAUCCAAACAAGACUGCUGCAAUUAGAGAAUUUCUUGCAACUAGCUUUCCAAACUAUGAUUUGAGUGAGCACGGAAAAGACUGGAAAACCUGUAUCACGAAUGUCAAUGCUAUGAUCCGCUGUUUACGCUCUGAAACAAAGACAGAGGCAUCUGAAGGGAAAGAAAAAGUGGAUGAUGCUCCAGAUACAUCCCAUUGUGUAGACUUAAAUUAUAAUGAAGAUAGUGAAAUUAGUUCUCAAAAUUCUCAGAAAAUGACCAGCUCCACAACUGAAACACUGCAGAAUUCAGUACCGGAUAAGUUUCCAGAAACUUUCGACACAACUUCAGCCAAGAAACCAGAGUCUUUGGAGCCUAUGGAACUUCUUGGAAGUCCAUGGCGCAAUGUUCAGUUGCCUUUCUCAGUCAUUUACGUAGCUAAGGGGAAGUCUCGGCCUGAGUUGUCAGCUCGCUACUUAAUUCGUCAUCUGUUCACUGAAGAUGUGCUGGUAAAAAGUAAUGUGUAUGGUAAUCUUGAACGUGGCAUGAGCCCACUGGACUUCAACAGAAUUAAUGCUCUCAGAGACUUUCUUCAAGAGAAUUAUCCAUCCUUUGAUCUAAAGGAAACUGGAUAUGAUUGGAAGGCGUGUGUGGCUGCCAUAAACAGCACAAUCCGCAGUCUCAGACAUGACCACAAGAAGGCUACAGUUGGAAUCCGCCGGAAGCUCUCAGCUGCACCAUUAAAACCAAAGAGCCCUCCACGGACUCCCACUUCAGUAAAGCCAUUUGAAAGUGACACUAUCAAUCUGAUGGACUGAAGCACUCUAGCAUCUAUCUCAAACCUUCAUUUAGCAGGUUUGAGAUAUCCUGUGUAGAAGCCUGUUGCAUUGAAUUGUUCUACUGUUGAGUUUUCAUCAGCAGCAAGUAGUAUUACUUCAACAGAGCAAAGUUGCUAAAGACUUGGGAACCCUAACUCCUUGUAUAAGUUGCACCUGUUUUCCUCAGAAAAUGUUUUCACUGUUCCCUACAGCAUUUGCAACAACUGUCUCUCUAAAAGCACCUUCUCAAUAGUUGCCUCUGAAUCAUUAACCUGAAGAAUUUCUUUACUGAGAUAGCACUUAGGUGUUGGAAUGGACUGCCCAGGGAGGCAGUAGAGUCACCAUCCCUGGAAGUUUUUAAAAACUGUAAAUGAGACUCUUCUGGACAUGCCGUAGUGGGCAUGAUGAUAC